CCCGUGGGGGCCGCCGCCGGGUUAUAUUGGGCCAGGCUGAAGGUGGAGGCGCGAUCGCUGCGGCUGGCCAGCGCGGACAUGCUGUCCUGGAGGCCGGGGGCGGGAAUGCGGCUGCGGGCGCGGCAGCCUGGAGGACUCGGCUCCACCAGCGCUCGAGGCUGAAGACUCUUGAUCCUCCCUCAAGGGCGACGCACUCACCACCCCGCAUCGUCUCCUUCCCUGAGAACGCCUUCCAGGGAAGGACCUUUUCCAGGACUUGUUAGCGGAUAUGCAGGCUUCUCCCAGGAAGAAAUUCGUCCGCCCGACCCGCCGGGGCACAAAGGGUAGAACCGCAGCCCUCUCGCACAGACUCCAAAGUCUGUAAUCCUCGGGCUAAAGACAGCACCACCCGAUUACUUCUCCGCCCUUCUUAGUUCACCCCACACUCACAACCCCUCCAAAAGUAAAUUCCGCGGAGCACUCUACGAAAAGAGAGGCCGAGAAGAGAGCGGUCCGGGGAGCGAGGCCUGGGCUCCUGUUGCCUGAUCGCCGCUUCCGUCCCACCACUGGCUCCCUAAGACUGCGCGAAGGAAAAGGGUACAGCUCCGAGUGGAGAUCGCGUGCGCGGCAUGAAGCUGGAGGUGUUCGUGCCCCGCGCGGCCCAAGGGGACAAGCCAGGCAGUGACCGGGAGGGCGCCGGCGGCAGCAACGCUCCCUCCCCGCUGUCGGUGGCUGGCGACGACUCCCUGGGCUCGGACGGGGACUGUGCGGCCAACAGCCCGGCGAGCGGUGACGUUGGGGACCGGGCGGGCGGUGGCUGCGAGCCGAGCGCCAGCGGCGGGCCAGGCGCUCGGGACGACGGCCCACCGGACUCGGAGGGACGAAUCGAAGCCAGCGCGACGGGACGGGGCUGUGGGGACGCAGGGGGCGGCGAGGGCGCGCGCAGCAAGCCGUACACGAGGCGGCCCAAGCCCCCGUACUCAUACAUUGCGCUCAUCGCCAUGGCCAUCCGCGACUCGGCGGGCGGGCGCCUGACACUAGCUGAAAUCAACGAGUACCUCAUGGGCAAAUUCCCCUUUUUCCGCGGCAGCUACACGGGCUGGCGCAACUCGGUGCGCCACAAUCUCUCACUCAAUGACUGCUUCGUCAAGGUGUUGCGCGACCCUUCUCGGCCCUGGGGCAAGGACAAUUACUGGAUGCUUAACCCCAACAGCGAGUACACCUUCGCCGACGGGGUAUUCCGUCGCCGCCGCAAGCGCCUCAGCCACCGUGCGGUGGUCCCCACUCCCGGGCUGAGGCCAGAGGAGGCCCCGGCUGGUCCCGCCGCGCCCCAGCCGUCCGCGCCCGCCGUCCCGGCUUCUCCGCGCGCGCACUCGCCGGUCCGCCAGGAGGAGCGAGUCAGCCCGACUGGCAAGUUCUCAAGCUCCUUCGCCAUCGACAGCAUCCUCAGCAAGCCCUUCCGCAGCCGCCGGGACAGGGACGCCGACCACCCAGUGCAGGGAGUACAGCUGCCCUGGGGCGCCGCGCCCUGCGCGCCGCUGCCCGCUUACCCCGCACUCCUCCCCGCAGCGCCGGGAAGAGCCCUACUCCCUCUCUGUGCCUAUGGCGGGGCCGAUCCGGUGCUGCUGGGUGCGCGUGGGACCGACGUGCAGCCAGCGGCGCCGACGCCCGCGCCGCACCUUCUAUUCGCGCCCCUCUCCAUCGCUGCCCCAGCCAAGCAGUUCCGCGGGCCCGCAGCCGCCGCCGGCGCGCACCUGUACUGCCCCCUGCGGCUGCCCGCCACCCUGCACGCGGCCCCGGCUUGCAGCCCGGGUCCGCACCUGCCCUACCCGGUGGAGAGGCUUCUGGCGUGAGUCCAGCGCUGAACCCCACGGGGUGGACGUCUGGGGUCCGCAGUGGAGGCAAAGAACGAAGGCGGGAGGACUGUGCACAUUUUAUCCAGAAGGAAAAAAAACGAGUUUAAAAAGAAAAGCAAAUCCCCAUCAAACGUGCCUUAAAGCUAAGCGUUUUGAUAACAUUUUAAUUUAAUCCAGAAUAUUUUCCUUUGUCACUUAUAACUUUACAGAGACCAAAGCAGUUCUUUUAAUUCCGUGGCCAAUCUGUCCUCUCUCCUUCAUAAAGACUAUUCUGUCUCCCUUCCCAGACUCUCUCUAUUCCAACCUUUUUUUGUUGCACCGUCUACUGAUUAAUCUCCCCCUACCCCUACCAAAAGAGCACAUCAGGGAAACAUUCUAUACGAUAAAUGAUAUGACUACUGUUUGGGGUUGAGUGACCCUGCUAUUGUAAGUAUGUGGCAUUCACUAAUAGACUGUGAGAGGUGUCAGUCUUCGGUUAUCUUUGUUAAUGACCAAUGCUUCACUGUGCCAUAAGAGGGGGAAAGUUGUUGGGCUUUGUAAUUAAAUUAUUUAUAUAUUUUUGAAAUCUGAAUUGAAAAUGUUGCAGGCAACGGCUACAGCUUUAUUAGUGGUUCUUUAACUAUGGUCUCCUUGGGCCAAGCGAUUUCUUUAAAGGAAGAGUUAACAUGUUUGUGGCGUGCCAGGACCACUGCCACAUGAAAAUAAGUGUGAUUUUUAUUUUUAAUAUUAUUUUAUUUGUCUGUGUACAUAGUCAUGUAUAAAUUUUAUGAAACCCAAGCAUAGUGAUUAUUUUUUUUUAUAAAAUUUGUAACUGAUGUAUACACUGUAGUAAGAGAUUGGAAGUACAGAAACGUUUACACCACUCCCACAGUUACCCCCAACUAUUGGGAAGCUGACUUCAGGUUUCUUUACCAAACAUGCCAUGCAAAUUUCCAGAAUGGGCCUUUCAUUGACAAAAUUUCUUAAACAAGAACCCAAUUGCCUCUUCAAGUCCUCACUGAAGAGUAUCCACGGCCAGUAAGUGUUCAUGACUCUCUCUUCAAGAAUUCUUUAGCAGGCAGGUUGCGAUACUAACUAGCUUAUAGUUAAGUAGAUAUUUUCAAGUAAAUGGUUCUGAUUUGAGUUCAAAGAGCUGGAAACUUGAUCUUGGCAUAAAACUAUGUCAACCACCAAAAUUAUCUUCAGGCAGUUUCCACAGCAACUUGAAUGUCAGUGUUUUUGUCAAAAUAAAACCAGCCAACUUUUUAGGAAUGCAAAAGUUCAUUUGGGUGUGAACCAAUUGGCAUUUUGUCUUCUUCAGAAUGGCUAGAGGUGGACACUUGCUUCCCAGGAAAAUUCAAUUCCCAGCAAGUUAUUAAUUGCAAAGUUCUUAAAAAGUAAUGCAAAUGGUGAGAAAUUUAGACAGGCAACCUAUACCACUUCCCCCCACCCUACCCUUCUUGAGUACAGCCCAUCUUAGGAGAUGAAGCUAAUCUGGUAUCUACACCCAACAAUAUCAGAAAAUUGAAUGGCACUCACUCAAGGAGGUUCCUGUUUGGGUCAGAGUGGAAGAAGAAAGCCCAUGUCCAAAACUAACAAGUAACUACUAAGGACUGAUUUAGGUUUUUCUUAUUUAGUAGUCAUAGAGAGUGAUAAUAGCAGGGUUGAAUUAUGAUAGAAUUAUGUGUACCCACAAGGCUGAUAAUUAGACAAAGAUAAAACUGAAACAGAUCAGCUGGGGGGGAAAGGGACAACAGGUUUAUUGGGUGAUUUCUAGGUUCAACAUUUGCUUUCCUUGUAGAAACUACAAAAAGGAAAGCUGGGGGGAGCAACUGAUGGCAGCCAGCAUCUCCCUAAUGGUGUGCCUCACUGCUUAGUGCGCUGCCUUCCUUUGUCUCUUUGUUAUAAAGUACUUGUUUUCAUUUCCACGUUAAUACCUGAAUAAUCUGAUUUCUGUCUGGCUGUGUAAUUGUUUUGCCUUUACCUACCAAAAUUGCUGCUAGUUCAUUUAUGAUAAAGACCACAGAAAUAGCAAUGAGAAAAAGAGAAAGGUGAGUGUUUUUAAAGUAACAUUUGUUUCAUCUCUCCUCAAAAAUAAAAAUAUUUCCUUUGUCAUGCACACCCCAGAGUCCAGAAGAUUGAAAUCCUUCCCCAGACCUCUAGUUCUGGUACUGCUUCUGUCUUCACAGCCUCUGCUAGUGAAUUUCAGUCUCAUGAACCUCUAACUCCAGUUAAGCUUAAGGGUUCCUUCCACUACCAGUUACCACCAGGGCUAAGGACAGUCACUAUUUGUUGGCUGGAGGGGGUCCGGGAGGGUCCUGGGACUGGGUAGCUUUCUCCUCGGCUCCUUCAUGCCCUCCAGCCCUUGAAUUUCGGUUUCUCUAUGCUAGCCAGACAAAGAAGGAAGCUCA